AUGCCAAAUAUAACCACCUCGAUUACAACACCAACACCUACAAGAACAACAAAUAAUAUAACCACCUCAAUUACCAAACCAACACCUACAAGUACAACGCCAAUAAUAACCACCUCGAUUACAACACCAACACCUACAAGAACAACAACAAAUAUAACCACCUCAAUUACAACACCAACACCUCCAAGUACAACACCAAAUAUAACCACCUCAAUUACAACACCAACACCUCCAAGUACAACACCAAAUAUAACCACCUCAAUUACAACACCAACACCUCCAAGUACAACACCAAAUAUAACCACCUCAAUUACCAAACCAACACCUACAAGUACAAUGCCAAAUAUAACCACCUCAGUUACAACACCAACACCUACAAGUACAACGCCAAUAAUAACCACCUCAAUCACAACACCAACACCUACAAGUACAACACCAAAUAUAACCACCUCGAUUACAACACCAACACCUACAAGUACAACACCAAAUAUAACCACCUCAAUUACCAAACCAACACCUCCAAGUACAACACCAAAUAUAACCACCUCAAUUACUCUUCCAGCAUCUAAACCACCAAACAUCAGCACUUCAGUUACCACAGUGAACUCUACUAGUCUGACAGCAAAGAUAACUACAACAAUUACCUCAUCAACAAUUACAAGCGCAACACCAAAUAAAUCGACAACAGUUGCCAUGACAACAUCUACAUCACCAAACACUUUAAUAACCACACCACAAAUUACAAGCAUAACACCAAUACCAGCAAGUACACCACAAGAAAAAAACACUUCAAUCUCUACUUCAGCAUCUAAAACACCAAUCAGUACUGCCUCUACCAUGCCUAAACCAUCAACACCAAACUCAACCACCUCAAUUACUGCUACAACAGGUGCAAGCACAAAACUUAGCACAAAAAAAACAAUUACUUCAAGAAAUGCUAUUUCAAAUAGCACCCCGAUUUUACCAUCCAGCACAGCCAACUCAGGUACUACUAUAACAUUACAGAGCACCACCAGUCCACGAAUGAUGCCCUCCCUAUCAGCAAAUACUG